CUACCGAGACCGCAGUACGCUUUACGAUAUGUUCGCUUAGUGCCAAACUAACUUCGAGUGUGUACAUACACAUGUGCCCCAUGUGUGAAAAUAUUUCCGUGGAUGCUUAUUUAUAAAUAUAUGAGUAGAUGAUUUGUUUAUUUCUCAGUGCCAAAUGAAUUGAAAGGAUGUAAUGGAAUUUGUUUAAGAACAAACAAUAAAAAAUAGUAAAAAAAAUGUGAUAUCGAAGGAAUACAUUUACAAUAAAUGGUGCAAUAAAAAUAUUAAAAUAUAAAUAUAAAGUUUGUGAAGUGCGAAUGGAUUUGAUGUGAACAAUGAAGAAGUGCUAUUAAGAGGACAUCCAUACUACGCAGCACAACAUUUUUUGAAAUCAACAGGAAUUGUAACAGUGAAACUGCAUUUUGGAAAAUUAAAUUGAUUGGAUGUCGAAAAGUACACAGCGACUGAUUCAAAUUCAAAUUUAGUCGACGCGGUGCUUAGUAGACAAGACAGCAGAAAUAGCAAUAGAAAGUCAGCUACAGAGUAAACAGAGACAGCGCAAAUAAAACACAAACAACAACAUCCACACCAGUACCAGUACUGGCAAUCACAGCUAAGAGGCUCAUUAGAUUUUGUUCGAGUUGUGUGGCAGUUACGUGUGGGUGUGCCACGUGACAUACCCAUAACCACUACUUCGCCCCAUUCACCAGUCGUCAACGUUAGCGAAUUUCACGUGUCAAAAAGCAUUGAUUUUCUACCUGAAUGCUAAUGGAACCGGUGCACGUUGUUAAGAGACGCAAACUGUCGUUGUCACAGUCGCAUAGCACAGCGUCGAUCACAACGACAACUUCUAUGGACAGCGUCACAGUUGCCACUACAACACCGCCGAAUACACCGCCCACACCACCACUCAAUAUGAUGAUGACCACCGCGCGCAGUCACCAUAAUAACACAAGCAGCAACAGCAGUAGCAUCAAUGGACGUACUAUGGAAAACACGACUUGUACGCUGAUUGCCGCCAGCUCAGCGCCCACGCUCACGACUACCACAAUGGCCAGCUCAUUGUUGAGUACCGCUCAGCACACACCUUCAUCGAGUAGCGCUACAACAGCAGCAGCAGCUGUUGCUGCCGCGGCCGCCGCUGCAGUGGCUGCUGUGGCAGCUGCAGGCGCCAAUUCCGCAACGCCCGCCAUCGCCGUCACCAAUAACGUCGUACCAGAUCACUAUAGCCUUCGUUGGAAUAAUCAUCAGAAUCAUAUAUUGCGCGCCUUUGACGCACUGCUACAGACCAAAACAUUGGUGGACGUGACGCUGGUGUGCGCCGAAACUAGUUUACAUGCACACAAAAUGGUGCUAUCUGCGUGUUCACCGUUCUUUCAGCGCGUGUUUGCGGAGACGCCGUGCAAGCAUCCCGUUAUCGUGUUGAAGGACUUUCAGGGCUGGGUGGUGCAGGCGAUCGUAGAUUUUAUGUAUCGUGGUGAGAUCAGCGUGCCACAAGAACGGCUGCAGACGCUCAUACAGGCGGGAGAGUCAUUGCAGGUGCGCGGUUUGGUUGAGAGCUCGGUGCCAGAGCAUACACCGACGCCAGCCGCAUCACCUGAUGACUUUGGCAUGAUCGAUACGUCGCUAAUGUCACCUGAGCUGGGGCGUUGUUCAAGUUUCGAUGAGGAAACUCCAUCAAUGGUCACCGCUGGCUCUAAGGUGAUACUGCCAUCGAGGCUCUUUGGCUCGUCAGCGCGCCGCGAACGUGAACGCAAACGUAAGCGCGAGCGUACAUUCGAGCAUGACUUCGAACGGGAAAUAGAAAGCGAUCAAGAUUUGCCGCUUGAUACGACCUUCAAUUCAGAUAUCUGUACUUCACCUAUGCCCAGACGUAAGCAAGCGCGCCCUAGACGUCGCUCGGGCGAUCUACCACUCGAUAUGGCGAGCAAACCAGCCACGCCUGCGCCUAUAGAAGAGCCAUCACAAACACAACCCCUGCCUUUGACGCUAGAUGAGCAAUUAGAGAAAACGCAUGCGGAGCGCUUAGAAGCUUUGAAGACUGUGAUCAAAAGUGAGAUAGCCGAGUCGAUGGACGAGGAUGAGGGUACUCGUCGCGACGAUAGCGGCAACGGUAAUGACAACCACGAUAACAAUGAAUCACAUGAAAAAAAUGGAAAUGCAUACCAAUCGAGUGAAGAACAGCACAACAGUUCACGCUUGGAUGGAACACUUUCACCAGAAGCACUCAAUGCGCAACACUCAAUGGACAUAGAAGAUGAGGAGCCAGAAGACGAUAUUGAAAACGAAAAUGAACACGAAGAUGAGAAUGAGAAUGAACCAAUACCCGAAGCCGAAGAUAUUGAAGAGCUUAUUAACGCCACCAAUGAGUUACGUCGCAAAUCGAUGUCCAACCUUUCGGAGGGACCGGAGGAUCUCUGCACAACGAAAAAAGAUCAAAAUUCUAUGAGUGGCAGCCACUCGAAUAACGACACUGAUGGUAAUUCUGCGAAUAAUAACAAUAACAGCAACAAAGUCAAUAAUAACAAUCGCAUUGUAUUAUCGCUGAAAGACAUACGACAACUGAAUAAGCCAUCCUCUUCAUCCACACCCAACUCAUCGAAUAACAUGCACCCUUUUGCGACGGCCAGCCUGCGCGAUCUACGGAUCGAUCGUGCCGUAAGCGCAGCAGCAGAGAAUCAGUGCAAAAUGGAUGCACUAGAGGCGCAAAUGCAUGCAGCCGCGGCAGCCGCAGCGGCAGCUGCAGCAAAUGGCGAAAAUCCGUUUCAACACAUGGAACAUCAGAUGGAUCUAUCAAUAGCGGCCGCCGCAGCAGCCGCCGCUGUCUCACAUCAACAGUCACGCGAACGUGAUCAGGCAAUGCAACGAGAACAACGAGAAUUUCAAGAGCAACAUAACGCCUAUGCGAAUAGUAUACUUGGGCAAAUGGGUAUGCCGGGUAUGCCGCCCUUCGGACCGCCAGGUGGGCCCAUACCGCACGAACGUCUAGAAGAAAGUAUGAAUCGAUUGAGUAAAGAGUUUACGCCGACCUCACCGAUGAGUCUACCCACCCAUUUCAAUCCACCUGAUGGACAACCGCAUCCACGAUCACCGCUACCAUUUCCGGGUAUGUCCUCAGCACUGGCGCUCACGCCACCACACAUGUUUAGCUUGGAUUCACCGCUCGGUCUCUUUCCGCCCGGCAUUGACCCUGGCAAACUCUACAAUCCGCUAAUGGAAAUGUCCGAUCCGCGUGUCAUGCCUGGCGACCAUCCACCGCCCUUUCUGAAAGGCAAAAAAAUACCACGUCCAAAGGGCCAACACUCGGCGCCACGUGGCGGUCCACCACGCUCUUGGACCAACAAUGAGCUCACCGAUGCACUGCAGCAUGUAUGGAACAAGAAGAUGACCACCUCGCAGGCAUCACGCGUCUUCGGCAUUCCCUACAACUCAUUGCUGAUGUAUGUGCGUGGUAAGUAUGGCAAAAGCCUGAAGCUGGAACAACUACGCAAAGACUGCAUCAGCGGGCCACCAGUUGAAAUGCUACAAAUCGGUCUCGGCGGUGGCAAAAACAAGGAUGAAUCUCGUAAAGACAAAGCAGCUAACAGAAAUGCAGAGAACGCUGCUAAAAAUAAUGCCGAAUUAGACUUGGGCAUACCACUGCCCGGCAUGGUGGCCGGCAGCAACGGGCCAAGUGGUCUACGUAGCGCCAGCUCAGAACCGGACUUAAUUGGCUGUCCCAACUCGCUGUUCGGUCCCUUCUCCGGCUCUUUCUAUCCCGACUUCCCAGGCGGUUUCGCCGGUCUGCCACUGAGCAUGCUCAAUCUGCUACCACCAACGGAUCGACACCAACCGCCCGGCGCCGGUCUUACACCUUUGCACCAUCUAGGCAUGGAUGAGGAUUGCAAAUCGGAUCGUUCGAAACAAUCGUCUUCGCUAGGAGAUGACGAUUUCGCAGCCGGUGCCGCUUUAGCUGCUGGCGUACAACCGCUCGCGCUCAACCGCAACGAUAACGAACGCCGCUCUGUUGGUGGUGGUGGUGGUGAAAUGCUAGCGAGUGCAGGUUCGAUAGGUGCGCCGCCACCGCCACCACCUCCAAUGAGCGCUGCCGUCGGUGGCGGUGCGCAGCCGAAUGGCGGUAUGCAAGAUUGA